AUGGUAGCAGUGGCCCUCGGCCUUGAGAGCGGCUACUUCCAGGCCGGUGACGAGAGGCAGCUGAGCUUCUUUUACCGCUACGAUGUCCAUGCCCCGACAGUGCUGGUGCUACUUGUGGAGUCGUGGAACGGUACCAGCUGGACUUCAUUAUGGUCCGCAAAUGGAACAGACACCAACGAAUGGCAGCUGGCUGCUAUAGUGCUCCCAAGAGAAGCACAGGCCGUGCGCUUCUUAGGCUAUGGUGGGCUAGGAGGUGGUAACGUGGAUGUCGAUGCCAUUCGAGGCGGUCCUGCAGUCUGGGAUGCCGACCUGCUGUCUUGUGAUUUUGUUGACCACACCUGCGCCUGGAUGGCGGGUAGCUCUUGGCAGAGGAAUGCCACAGACGAAGGCUGGAAUCUGCAGGCCAUCAGCCCGUCAAACGGAGUUGCUAUGCUGCGAAGCUUCAAGUUCGUCGCCACUGCCGUCGAGACAAACCUGGUUCUUUCCUUCUGGAUCGGCGGGUCUGGUGCAAGGCUGGAGGUGCAGCACAAGACGGUGGCAUCCAACUGGACAAGCCUAGCCAUGCUAGUGGAGAGCUCGAGUCAGCUAUGGCGGCGAGUGGUGGUGGAGGUCCCACUGGGGACAGAAGCGCUACGUCUGUUGGCGGCUGUGCCCACACCACAGGAUCUCGUCCAAGUGGACUCCCUUGCCGUAUUUGCAGUCGCUGCCAGCCUGGAAAACGUGAGUUGCAGCUUCGAGACAGACUUUUGCUUGUGGUCCACCAAGAGCCCAUCCCUUUGGUCUCGGCACGAUGGGUCCACAUCUUCAGGCACUGGGCCGGACAACGCUUUCCGGGGAGACUGGUUUGCGCAGGUGGCAGAUGGCAACCAAUCAAACAAGGAUUUCCUCUUGACCAGCCCGUGGUUCGACGUGAGCUCGAGCCCCAGGCAGAUCCACUUCGCCUACCACAUUGAUGGUGACACUGGAUCCGAAGGCACUCUGUCUCUGCAGGCUUGGGAUCUGCAAGCUGGCUGGACGACUCUGUGGUCAGGGCUACCAGGCCUCAGCCUUAGCUGGCGGCAGGCGGCAGUUUCCUUGCCCCAGCAAGCGCAAGCCUUGCGCUUCCAUACAACUGGCCAAGCUGGUGCUGUGGCUGUGGAUGGAAUUGGGCAUGCCGCUGUCCAAAUCGAAGCACUCUCAUGCGAAUUCCAGCUUGAGACUUGCCUUUGGGCUAUCAAUGACUUCAGCUGGCAGUAUGGAAACAUCACAACUACCUCCGACAGCCACUUUCUCCAAGCAGUGGCUACAAGUGAUACUUCCAAUACCUCGAUUCUGGAGAGCUUCAAGUUCGUCGCCACUGCCGUCGAGACAAACCUGGUUCUUUCCUUCUGGAUCGGCGGGUCUGGUGCAAGGCUGGAGGUGCAGCACAAGACGGUGGCAUCCAACUGGACAAGCCUAGCCAUGCUAGUGGAGAGCUCGAGUCAGCUAUGGCGGCGAGUGGUGGUGGAGGUCCCACUGGGGACAGAAGCGCUACGUCUGUUGGCGGCUGUGCCCACACCACAGGAUCUCGUCCAAGUGGACUCCCUUGCCGUAUUUGCAGUCGCUGCCAGCCUGGAAAACGUGAGUUGCAGCUUCGAGACAGACUUUUGCUUGUGGUCCACCAAGAGCCCAUCCCUUUGGUCUCGGCACGAUGCGUCCACAUCUUCAGGCGCUGGGCCGGACAACGCUUUCCGGGGAGACUGGUUUGCGCAGGUGGCAGAUGGCAGCCAAUCAAACAAGGAUUUCCUCUUGACCAGCCCGUGGUUCGACGUGAGCUCGAGCCCCAGGCAGAUCCACUUCGCCUACCACAUUGAUGGUGACACUGGAUCCGAAGGCACUCUGUCUCUGCAGGCUUGGGAUCUGCAAGCUGGCUGGUUGCAGAUUUGGCAGCGAUCUGGUCAUGGGGCUUUGCAGUGGCGCUUUGGCAUGGCGAUUGUUCCCGAGAACGCAGCGGCCUUGCGCAUUGUCGCCUCGCCAGCUAGCUCUUCUGGGGGCAUAUCCCUGGAUGCCAUCUCGACAUCCGUCAUCUCCCCCUCCUACGACAUUCUGACCUGCAGCUUCGAGGCAGACACUUGCGGGUGGACUGCAUCUGAUGCCCAGGCUUGGAAGCUCAGAUCCGGCUUUGAACUCCUAAAUCAACAUUCUGGCCCUUCGGGCCCUUGGAAGGGCACUGGGUACAUGCUGUUUUCUUCGACCGAUGAGCAUCAGGGGGGGGAGUUCGCGCUGGAGAGUCCGUCCUUCAGCCUCGGAGAUGAAGAUGAGGUUCAAAUGAACUUUGCAUUCCACAUGUUUGGAUCUGACGUGGAGAGCCUCGAGCUGCAGUAUGCGGACAACACAAGUUGGAAGGCUCUCUGGCAUAGAUCUGGCAAUCAGGGACAGGACUGGCGCCGUGCUUCGGUCCGUUUGCCGCAACACGCAGAGGCAGUGCGCUUCGUCGGCACGAUGGGUGCUCACGAUUUUGCGGGGGACAUGGCGCUUGACGAAUUUAGCGUGGGUCCCGCGGAGUCUGAAGCAUUAUCGUGUGACUUUGAGCUGGAUGCGUGCAGUUGGGAGAUCGGCAGCUGGCAGAGAGUUUCUGGAAGAGAUGCCGCCGGCCAGUCUCUGGCCAAUGAUGGAGAUUGGCAUCUGGAAGCAGGCGGCACAUCCCAACCUGGCAUAUUCGUUCUCGAGAGCCCGGUAAUUCUGACCUCCAAUAAUACAGUUGCCUUCACCCUGGCAUACCGAAUCAUUGGAUCGGAGGGCGCAAAGCUGGAACUGCAGCACAAGCUUGAAAACAGCACAUGGACCAGGUUGUUUGUACAGGCGGGCCACCAAGGGCAUAGAUGGCAGCAUGCGGCUAUCGACAUCCCACAAGGGUCGACUGCCCUGCGAAUCACGGCUACAACCGCCAUGGCUGAGGAUAGUGUCUUCGUAGACUCAUUGUAUGCCCUAGACAUGGUUCCUGAGAUGGAGAACAUCAGCUGCAGAUUUACCGGUGCCGAUUUGUGUGGGUGGACAACAGGCACGUGGCGCCGGGACAGCAACGACUAUGUGUUCUACCUUCACCAUGAAGAUGUUGGGCAGGCCAAGCUGACAAGCCGGCCCUUCCUUGUGCAGGGGCCAAGUUAUGUAGAGUUCUGGUAUGGCACGAGUGGGCAUCCGGGAACUUUGACCUUGGAGUUCUUGAUGCGUGGCCGCUGGUGGAGGCUGUGGUCACGGACCGGCCCACAGGGCGACCAGUGGAACGAAGCGAAGCUGUCCAUUCCGGAGCAAGCGCGGCAAUUUCGUUUCCGAACUUCUGAGUGGCCUACAAGCACAGCUUCUGCUAGCGCAUUUUAUCUUGCGAGUAUCAUGCUCAGCAAAGCCCCUGCAAGUAGAAGCUACCUCACCCUGGCAGUUGGAGGAAACCACAACUGCGCGGUGCUGUCCUCCACAGGCCAGCUCAAAUGUUGGGGCCUAUCUUCGUACUUGGGCCUUGGUCUUUCAACAUCUGACGGGGUGGGGGACGAUCCAGAUGAAAUGGGAGUGAACCUGCCGAUCGUGGACCUAGGCCAGAGAGUUGAGCAGGUGACUUGUGACAACUUUGAUUGUUGCGCGGUCCUUGCUGAUGGAGCUUUGAAAUGCUGGGGAUCUCAGAGCGCCUGGCCUUCUCUUGUGGAUUUGGGCACCGGGGUGAAAGUGUCGCAGGUGUCCAACGGCUACCAGCACAAGUGUGCUCUACUGCAGAACGGAGAUGUGAAGUGCUGGGGAUGGAAUGACAACGGCCAAUUAGGCCUGGGUGAUUCGCAGACUCGAGGCCGGGGCGGAGAUUCCGACAUGGGAGACAACCUCCCGGCGAUCGACUUAGGUGCAAACUUUACUGUCAUCCAGCUUACCGGUGGGAUAUUUCACACGUGCGCUCUGUCUAGUGAUGGUGAAGUCAAGUGCUGGGGUGGCAAUGAGUACGGCCAGCUGGGAGGAAGUGCAGGCAACAUUGGGGACCAGCCUGGAACUAUGGGCACCUCCCUUGCACCAGUGGAACUAGGAAGCAAAGCUACAUACAUAGCAGCUGCAGGAGGACACACCUGCGCAGUUCUAGAGGGCGGCGCCGCAGUGUGUUGGGGUGCCAACUGGAAUGGGCAGCUUGGUCUUGGCAGCACUCAGGCCUUCGGUCAGAACAGCAGCGAGAUGGGGGCUAACAUGCCGCACGUUCCACUUGGCACCGGCAUGUUUGCUGAACGUGUAAGUGUGAGCUUUGACCACUCCUGUGCCAUUCUGCAAGAUGCCUCGCUCAAAUGCUGGGGGAGCGGCGCAUAUGGAACUCUGGGUCAAGGUUCCACAGAUUCUGUGGGAGACGAACCAAACGAGAUGGGCGACAAUUUGCGUCCCAUCAACAUCGGCAGUCUUAGAGUGUUGCAGGUAGGUGCUGGUGCCUGGCACACAUGUGCUCUAUUCGACGAUGAUAGCACUAGGUGCUGGGGACGAUCUGCGCCGCGUGGCGCACUUGGCACCGGUAGCGGCGACAAUGUUGGUGAUGGUGCGAAUGAAAUGGGCAGCAAUCUGGUGGCUGCAGAUUUGUUCAGGCCGACCCUUCGAGAACAGGUGGAUGCUUUUCGUCUCAUGGGAGGGGAUGAGCGCCAGGGUUGGUUGGAGCUGUCGCAGAAUGGGACAUGGGGCCUAAUUUGUGAUGAUGCCUGGCUCCAGAGCAAAGCAGCUGCUGAAGCGGCCUGCAGGGACUUAGGCAUGGCAGGGGGGACGCCCCUUGCGUUUGAUGCUGGAAGUGCACCCAUCCUUGCCGAUGGAAUGAAGUGCAGUGACGGCGAGGUGACUCUGCGCGACUGCACAUUCAGAGGCUGGAGCAUCCACGACUGCACUUCAAGAGAAGCAGCAGGUGUUCGGUGCGAGCUGGAUGCAUGGAGCAGCUUCACUGCCCCAGGUCCUUCAGGUCGCCAGGAUCAUACAACGGCAUGGGACUCCGAGUCUCAGUCGGCUUUGCUGCUUGGGGGGCAUGCAAGCAGCCAGUUCUUGCACUUCAGUGACUUGUGGGAAUACCGCUGGCCGCUCCGUCGCUGGACUCAGUUGCACCCGCAGGGCCCAGUACCAAGCACCCGGUCUGGCCAUUCAGCCGUGUUCGAUGCACACUCCAAAUCUAUGCUGAUGUUUGCCGGGGGCCACUUGGGAAACUUCUACAACGAGCUGUGGCAGUUCUUGAUCAGUUCGACUUCCUGGCGGCAGCUCUCAUCCGUGCUGCUGCCAGCACCGCGGGCCAAGCAUUCAGCAGUUUGGGAUGCGAAGCGCCAGGGCAUGGUGGUUUUUGGGGGCCACAAUUCCCUGCCUUUGGGCGACCUUAGCCAUUAUGACAUGCGUCGCAACACAUGGUCCUCAUUGGCCGCAGGUCCUCUGGCACGUAGUGGCCAUGCUGCUGUCUGGGAGCCAGUCACAGCAUCCUUGCUGGUCUGUGGUGGAUGGACCGGUACGGAGUACCUCCAAGAUCUCCAGCUUUACAACUGGUGGUCCAACACCUGGAAGGAGCUUGAACCCGUGAGAAGUCCUUGGCCCAGGGCCGGGCAUGCUGCCGUUUGGGAUGAGGCCUCCAUGUCAAUGCUCGUCUUUGGUGGGGUGGAAGAUUCGAACGGUACAUUGAGCUAUGACCCCGUGCUUCAUUUCUACAACUUCCUGGCGAACACUUGGACCGAGGCGAACAGAUCUGGUCCCUCUGGCCGUAGGGAUCCGAGCGUUGUCUGGGACAGCAGCACCCACGCUCUUCUGGCUUUUGGCGGCUUCAACAGCUCCUAUUUGGAUGACCUCUGGCGAUAUGUCACGUCACCUGUUGAGCUGCCACUGCUUCUUGUUAACUGUCGCAUCGGGGAAGCUUGCCAAACAAACGCAAGUUCAGGCUCAGGCAUGGAAACAGCCACUUUGACCAUUCGGAGCUCAUGCUCGGUGCCGGGUUCAGCGCUGGCCUCAUUUCGUGAAACUUCGGAUGGGCAGGUUUUCAUUCAACAGGACAACCAAUCGAGCAUGUGGCUAGAAGCUGGAAGCUAUCAGAUAUGCCUUUGCAGGCUGGACCAGUCGCAGUCGGGUGGGGCAUGCAGUACCUCUUCUGACUUUGACUUUGCCGUUGGUUCGCUCAUCGUAGAAGGGCCUUAUCCGGACCAGCAUGCAGAAUGCCCUCUUGGAGGCAGAUGCCAAAUACCUUCUUGGAGAGGUGUCGGGCUGUCCGCCAAUGAUUCUCUACACCCGCUGCGCCGCUGCGGCUCGACGGACCUGACAAGCCUUGGGGAGCGGUCCAUUGCUUUGUUGCCAGAGGGCUCCGGUUUCACAGUGGAUGUCGGAGACGUGGAGAUGACGGGCUUGCCCGAACUGGUUCUUUUGUGUUGGUGCCCAUCAGAUUGCAGAGAGGCCAGGGACUUCCGGGUCCCAGCCUUACAGCUGCACUUGGUAUGCCCACAAGGCUUCCAUAAAUCAGAGGAUGUUUGCAUGCAAUGCCCGCAAGAUCACUUCUGCCCCGGAGACCAGCAGAGCUACCGAUGCCCAUUUGCCAGCACCGCAGCGCCCGGCUCCAGUGACAUCUUACAGUGCGAAUGUGUUCGUGGCUAUUAUCGCAAUUCUGAUUCAUGUCUCGCAUGCCCCUAUGGAUCAACAUCGCAGGCAGGGGCCACCUCAUUGGCUUCAUGUACAUGCCUGCCGAACUUUGUGAACACACAGCCUGACAAUCCUGCUAUCUGCCAGUGCGGUCCGGGAUUCGGCUUCAAUGGAGACCUUGCGGUGUGUGAACCCUGCCCUAAAGGGUCCUACAAGGCUGUGGCGGGUGAUACCUUGUGUUCCAGCUGUUCAGCAGACAAGACCACCUUGACUGAAGCUUCCAUAUCAGCCUUAGAUUGCUUGUGCCGCUCGGGGCUGGCCGCCAACGGCACUGGCUGCACCGAAUGUCCUCCGGGCUUCUUCUGCGAUGCCGGAGAGGUUACUGCAUGCCAAUCAGGCUCUAACUCGACGCCUGGGACGAGGUCACCCGAUGGCUGCAUCUGUAAAGAGGGCUAUUACCGGAAGGAUUUUGCUUGUGAGCUGUGCCAACCGGGCCGAUACAAACCCACCGAGGGCAACCAAGCACUUUGCCCCGGCCAGUGCCCCACAAGUGGCGAGAGUGCGAGAGGCUCCAGGAGCCUGUCCGAUUGCUCCUGCCUUUCGGGCUUCUAUGCCGAGCUUGAUUCUGCUGGGUUUCUUGCACGGUGCGCCAGCUGCGCCGCGUUCACCGCCUUGCAAUGUCCUGGCGGGUUUAGAGACCAGACCAGCUCACACCAAUUGCCCGUUGCGAUCCCGGGCUACUUCCAGACGAGCAGAACCUCCGUGGUCAAAUGUACUGUCGUUUUGGACGGCGGCAUCAGCGUAUGUCUGGGCAGCGACCGCUGUCAGCAAAGUGGCGAAGAUGGAAACUGCAUAGGGAAGUACGGCAAUGCUUGUGCGGAAGGCUCUACCGGUAAUCUUUGCGGUGAAUGUCCGACAGGAUGGUCUAGGCCAAGCUUCCGUGCUCCAUGCCGGCUAUGCAAGGAGGCCGUCUUGCAGCUGGUGGCUUCCAUCCUGGCAGAUGUCGGAAGCAAGAUCAUAAUCAAUUUCGUUGUCGCAUCAAUGGCAGCCACCGCUGCUGCCCGAGCCAGCAGCAAACUGCACACGAUCAUGAUCCGCAUUGUGGUCCAGUUUGUAUCUGCCUGUUCAGUCAUUGCUACCUUUGAGCUGGACCAGAUCCAGGUGAUGUUCCCUUGGCAGCAGGGAACCGACAGUCAGGCCAUGGAAGAGCCUGCAAGAUUCGGAUGGCCACCCGAGGUGACAGCGGCAAUGCGGGAUCUGUUUGCCCUGUCGACUCUGACUCCUGCGGUGGUGUCCGUCGACCUCGCCGCGCAAUGCAUAGCGCAGGAUCUGUCCGACCAUCCGGCGGCUCCUCGUAUAGCGCUGGGCUUGUACAACAUGUGCCUUCCUCUCCUGGUGAUGGUCGCUGGCCUGGGAACCUGUUCACUCGCAGUAUACGUUCUUGUGCCUGUGGCGGCCCGCUGGGGGCUUUCCUUCAAUGAGGCCGGGAGACGGCGCCGCAAGCGCGCCAAGCUGCUGCAGACUCUUCGCGAGGCGGUAGAGGUGGCCUUGCACAAGAACGGCCUGUCGCUGUCUUGGGCAGACCUUGAGCAGUGUGGCACUUUGGACGUCCGGCUGGCAGUGCUGCAGCGUGCUGUCGAGGAGCCUGAUGCCUUCCUCCGGAAGGCCGUUGUGCGUUCACGGGAUCUGCUGAUCCGGGCCUGCGCGGAGAGGGCUCAGGUCGUGAAUCGCUGCGCGACGGACGAGGUUGCCUUCUCUCAGGUGGACCUCAGCCAUUACAUGCGCGAAGACUUUGCCUACGAAGCCACUGACCUUAGCGACAUGCUGGACCAGAUCCUGGCCGCCCUUGAACAGCAGGAGAUGGAUUCCAGCAGCCAGCCUGGCUUAGCGCGAGAUGACCUCUCAGCAGAAGCGCGCGUUCACGUGCAGCCGAAGCCAGGCAGCUUACAGCUCCAACCCCCGUCUUCAGAGUUCGAUGAAGACCCGGAGGUGGAUGAGGCCAUGGACUCUUUGGACUUUGGUCUCUUCACUCAACGCCCGAGCUUCCCGCAGUUGGUCUAUCAGAGUGUACCUGUCUUUUGGAUCGCGCUGGUUUCCUUAUGGCCCGGGCUCCUUUCCAACUUUCUGGCCAUGCUGUGGUGCGUGCCCAUCGUGGAGGAUGAGAGGGUGGUGAGCCGGCUACUCCCGAACCCAGACGUGGAGUGCUGGACCGAUGCCCACUUUCCUUCGGCAGCCCUUGCAGUUGCUGGCCUUGUGCUUUGGUGUGUUGGAAUCCCAUUGGUCCUGGCCGCCGUGCUCUUUCGUAUGAAGGACCGGCAGGCGGCUGACAACUGCAGACGCUUCGGCUACUUCAUCCAGGGCUUGGAGCCACAGUACUGGUGGUGGGACAUUCUUGUCAAGAGGAUUGAUGUGGGACUGAUGAUGCUCGUUACCUACACGUCAGCGGUGCAGGAUCCGGCAACAAAGCUGCUGCUCUUUCCUGUUCUCUCCGGUUUUCAGGCUGUCGUGGCUGCCUGGGUGAAACCCUAUAGCAACGACCAGGCAGAGGUACUCGACUUCGUCGAGGUGACUUUGGCAUUCAUCCGAUUCCUCCUGUUCAGUUCAGUUGCUGCCUUGAUGCUUCUGAACCCUACGAACGAGAUCACUACAAGGUGUGCAUAUCUGAUGCUCUUUACCCUGAUCCUGACUUGGGCGUUUUUCUGCGCCCACGUGCUUUCCCAGCUGCUGCGUAGCGUGUCGGUCCAGAGCACGGACGACAACAAAAUGGGGCCAAUGAAGCUUGUAGGUGACGUCAAGAACGCGACGCUGCGAGUGCUUCUGCCUCUGUUCCAGGAAGAGGAGACUGAGAAGCUUCGCCUCACUUGGUCUUUCACGGAACAGGAGAUCACAGUUGCAGCUCCACGACUCAACAGGGCCUCCUUUGCAGUGGCCACGCGGAAGCUGAGUUCGAAAGUGCGGGUUGCACUGCAGCGGGCGCGCGGGAAAGUGCUGCGCAUGGGUCCUUCCUUCCAGCAUGCCGUGCUCGUCAAGGCCAAUGAAGAGUUCAUGACUUUUUGGCUGCAGCAACUGGGGCGAAGUGACUUUCCCAGAGAAGGUGGAGUUCUGAUGUGCAUCCUGGCCACGGCCCACAAAGCACUUCCUGGACUCCUUGCCAGAAGCCGAAUUGGCCCAUUGUGGACGGCGCAGGUCGAUCUAUUGACCGCGAGCACAGGGCCUUUCACUUGCGGCCCCGAGGAUUUGUCGCGGUCUGUGUGGCGACUGGGCCAAAUGCCCGCUGAUGAUGCGGCGGAGCUGGUCCAGCACGUUGUGAGCCUGUGCUCGCAUGAUCGCCGGCCGGAGUCGGAGUCGGAAUACCUGGAGAUGUAG